UUUUCCCUCUCUUCCCUCCCCCUUUCCCACUUUCAUUUCUUUAGCUUUCAUUCCUUUCAUUUCUUUGCUUUCCUCAUUUGGCCUUUCUUGUUUGGCGGUUUACUGCAGUCCCAUUACUGCCCCGUCAAGAAAAGAACAGGUUGCCUUCCAGGGCUAUCUCUAUCUUCAAUUCAUCCAUUUGGUUUGAGGGAACAACCUAAUCCUGUCACAAUGGCAUCCGAAAUCCUUAAACAUGUCUCGGUCCCGACCCUCGAUCGACCCUUUGGUGUGCACUUGUGGCCCCUCUUCGACCAGGCCUACGAGAAGGUCAUGGGGUAUCCCGCUAGCGAGUUCAACUUCACCCAGGGUGUCACCCCUCUGUCCACCUUGAAGGAGACUACAAUGAUGCUUGUCACUUACUACAUUAUCAUCUUCGGUGGCCGUGAGGUCAUGAAGAAGUUGCCUGCGUUCAAGCUUAACACCUUGUUCAUGAUUCACAACCUCCUUUUGACCACCGUUAGCGCUAUUCUGCUGGUCUUGUUCAUUGAGCAGCUUCUCCCCACUCUCUGGAGACAUGGAGUCUUCUACACUAUCUGUGAUCAGCAGGGUGGUUGGACUCGCCCUCUGAUCAUUCUGUACUACCUCAACUACAUCAACAAAUACGUCGAGUUCAUUGAUACCAUCUUCCUGGUCCUCAAGAAGAAGCCAUUGACCUUCCUUCACACCUACCACCACGGUGCCACCGCCCUCCUCUGCUACACUCAGCUUAUCGGUGUGACUGCCGUGCAAUGGGUGCCUAUCUCCAUCAACCUGCUGGUCCACGUUGUCAUGUACUGGUACUACUUCCAGAGCGCCCGCGGCGUUCGCAUUUGGUGGAAGAAGUACAUCACCAUGCUGCAGAUCGUCCAGUUCGUCAUUGACGUCGGCUUCAUCUACUUCGCCUCGUACACCUACUUCACCUCCGCCUACUUCCCGUGGCUCCCUAACAUGGGCAAGUGUGCCGGUGAGGAAUUCGCUGCCAUGGCUGGUAUCGGCAUCAUCAGCUCCUACUUGGUCCUGUUCAUUUCCUUCUACAUUGCCACCUAUAACAAGACCGCCAAGACUGGACGCCCCCGCCGCAACACUGGCCAAAAAUCGUUGAUCGACAUGAAGAACUUCGAAAUUCCUUCCCCGGCCGGUACCCAGAACGGCAGCGCCAAGUCCACUAGUCGCUCCAACGGCCCUGUGACACGCUCUCGCAAGGCCUAAAUAAUCAACUGAAGCACAGUCGCGUUUGAAUGUUUUCAGCGUGUGAUUUGGAAGAAUUAUAUUGCCCCACGAGUUUGAUUGUUGAAUCAUCUUAGGAUGAACCAUUGAAUCAAAUGUUCAUCCAAUGCUUGUGGCCAAACAAAGCAGAAGGGCAGAGUGGCUGCUCUUGGGUGAUGCGUCCCUAUAUUUGUUUAAUGAAUGACCACCUCAUGAUGCCAGGUCCAUUACCCGGGCAUGGGGUAUGUGCCUCGGAGUUGUCGGAAUGCAUGCGCCGAAACUUUUGUCGAAAAACCUACAUGGGGAACGCUGUUGGAUUACCCCAGCGAUCUCGCCAUGGUUGUAUUUUAUAAUGUCGUUUUCUUCUUCUGUUCAUGUUUGUCGUUAUCACCCUCCGUUUGGUGGCAGGCCAUUGGAUUGUACCUUUCGCUCUUAUUGUUAUUAAAUUAUUCAUUGAUAGACGUUAGCUCAUAAUAUCAAGAUAAAUGUAAUCA